UUUGGAAUGAGGUGGAGGAGGGUAUAUUUAAGAUCUCAUCCCUCUUAUUUUAUUUGGCAAGGUACCUGUGCUCUCUCGCCUGCGCUCUGUCUCUCCCUCUGUGAUUGACGAAUCGUACCUCAGCUAUUUGUUCCCAACAAAGGGCUAAAUGGCUUCUUCUUCUUCUUCUAAAGAAACCCAUAAUGCGCCUGAUACUCCAGCCUCGCCAAAGAGCAUCUACAAGGAUCCAGAUGAUGGGCGACAACGGUUUUUGCUUGAGUUAGAAUUUAUUCAGUGUCUAGCCAAUCCUACUUAUAUCCAUUAUUUGGCUCAGAAUCGCUAUUUUGAAGAUGAAGCAUUUAUUGCCUACUUGAAAUACCUUCAGUACUGGCAACGACCUGAGUACAUGAAAUUUAUAAUGUAUCCUCAUUGCCUAUUUUUUCUUGAAUUGCUGCAAAAUGCAAACUUCCGCGACGCAAUGGCACAUCCUGGCAACAAGGAGUUGGCACAUAGGCAGCAAUUCUUUUUCUGGAAGAACUAUAGAAACAACCGAUUGAAGCACAUUUUACCAAGACCACUACCUGAACCUGCUCCUGCACCUGCACCCCCUGCUGCUGCUCCACCUCCACCUUCCAUGCAGCCAGUACCACCUGUGCCUCCAACAACCAUUGCUAUGCCAGCUGCUCCUGCCUCAGCACUUUCUCCCAUGCCAUAUGGCAUGCCUCCUGGAUCUGCUCUUGCAAAAAAUGAUAUGCGGAACACUGGAAUUGAUCGAAGAAAAAGAAAGAAAGAAGUUUGACCUGAACUAUCAACUAUUUCGACAGCAGUGGAGCAAAUAGAUAUGCUGAGAUAGCUAUACUUAUUCACUUGUUUUAUGAGGCUGAUGGUGUGUGACGAUUCUAAAUCAUGAUUAUUCAUAUCUCACUUGAAUGAUUUAGCCCAUGCAAAAUAAUCAGCUCUGAAGUUUUAGAUGGGGCCAGGAUCAAUCUACUAUGGCUGCCCUUUUUAUUGCUGGUUUCUCACUGCAAUAGAUGUAACAAUUGCAACUUCAUUGUUUUCAAAUUCUCUGCAAUGAAUCUAUUGCGUUGUAGAACUUCAUGAUUCAGUAUCACCUAAGCCAAUGAAAGCUGGAUAGAAAGCUGAAAGUCUUGAAUAAUAUUCCAAUAAAUAGACUUUGCUGGUAAGGAUGUUAGAGAUUUCAUCGAAGAGUUAGCUAGAUGGAAAAUCUGUAUGUAUGUUCUUGGCAUGAUUCAUAUGGUUUAAACCCAACACUUUUCUUUA